UGCGUCUCCGAGGUAGGAAAAAGGCGGGGUUUGAGUCGGAAGCGGAAAUUGUGCUGUUGGUAUCCAUGGCGGCGCCCUGGGCAACGGACGUAGGGAGGAAGCCUUAAAAAGAAUCGGUUGGCUGUGGUGGGGUGGUCGCUGCCCUUCGACGUAAUAGGUGACGGGAUGGCGGAGAAGUUCGACUCCCUGGAGGAGCACUUGGAGAAGUUUGUAGAGAACAUCCGGCAGCUGGGCAUUAUCGUUAGCGACUUCCAGCCCAGCAGCCAGGCAGGCCUCAACCAGAAGCUGAAUUUUAUGAUUACAGGCCUGCAAGAUAUUGACAAGUGCCGACAGCAGCUUCAUGAUAUUAGUGUGCCUUUGGAAGUCUUUGAAUAUAUAGAUCAAGGCCGCAAUCCCCAACUUUAUACUAAAGAGUGUUUGGAAAGGGCCCUAGCUAAGAAUGAACAGGUCAAGGGCAAAAUUGACACCAUGAAGAAAUUCAAAAGCCUAUUGAUUCAAGAGCUGACUAAAGUUUUCCCAGAGGACAUGGCCAAGUACAAAGCUAUUCGGGGUGAAGAUUCAUCUCCUUAAUCGCAUUCUGUUGUACUGUGUUCUUCAGACACUGCCAAUAGGUUAUUAUGGCAAUAUUUUACUUAAUCAGAGGAAUGAAAAUGUUGUAUCCAGCAGAAGCAUUUAUUAAGUGCUAUGUUCCCUGGCCAGGAUACAAGCUGAUUCUCCUCUACGACAUCUGAAGCCAUUGAGGUUUCUAAGGACUUCAGUAAGAAGCCAAUAACAGAAACAAUCUUUUAGGUGACAUCAGGCCUAUACAUGAACUGACACAUUGCUUUUUGUAAGGUACUGUUUUGAUAUACUCAACUUCAUCUUCCUUAUACAAAGUGAAGUGGGGUCAAGCAGCUAUGUGUGUCUGCUGUUGAUGCACUGCAACCUACAAAAUGGAGAAGUGGAAUAAACACUUGUCAUUGUUAUCUCUUCCUGAGUAAUUAAAGGUUUGCCCAUACUUGUUUGUUAUGCUUUGAUCUGCUGGAACAGUAGAAUGAUCCUGUGAUGCUUUAUGAAAUAAUUAACCAGAACAUUUGCAAUUUUGUACAGAUGCAACUGAAGAUAAAAUAUUUAUAACAUGCUCAGUUUUGUAUGGUUAUUGCAAAAAUAAACUUCUGAUAUUGAAUUAA